AUGAAGGAAUCCCUCGUCCGCAACGUCUUCUCCAACGUGGCAUCGAGCUACGACAUCAUGAACGACGCAAUGAGCAUGGGCGUGCACCGGCUGUGGAAAGACCACUUUAUACGCAAAAUGAACCCGACGCCGGGCGCCAAGCUUCUGGACGUGGCCGGCGGUACAGGCGACAUCACGCAGAGGUUCCUUGAGUUCCAGGACCAACAGGGCGACUCGGCCUCGUCGGUUCAUAUGGUGGACAUCAACCCGGAGAUGCUGCAGGAGGGCGAGCGGCGGUUUGCGCCGAGCCGGUGGCAGGCGGACGGGCGGAUUUCAUUUACAGUGGGAAAUGCGGAGAACCUAGAGUUCAUUCCCGACAACUCGUUUGACGUCUACACGAUUGCCUUUGGCAUUCGCAACUGCACGCACCCGGAGAAGGUCGUCCGGGAGGCAUACCGUGUGCUGAAGCCCGGGGGUCGCUUCAUGUGCUUGGAGUUUUCGCGCGUGGAGAAUCCCCUUCUGGCUGCUGUCUAUGACAUGCAUUCGUUUUAUGUUAUUCCGAAGAUGGGCGAGCUUAUUGCGAAUGAUCGUGCGUCAUACGAGUAUCUUGUUGAGAGCAUCCGCAAGUUCCCGCCGCAGAAUGAGUUUGCGCAGAUUAUUAGGGACCAAGGGUUCACGACUAUUGGUAAGGGUUACGAGAACUUGACCUUUGGAACUGUGGCCAUCCAUUCGGGCUACAAGUUUUGA